UUUGCAAAAAAAGGAAAACUAACUAAAACUGUAAUGAUCGUUCACAAAACUAACUAAAAUUAACUGAAUUUAUAGCGAAAAGGUGUUUAGUUUUCAUUGAUGUGCGUGUGUCAUACGUUAGUCUAGGGUGAGAAAGAAGUUUAGUUUCCAGGUUUUUUUCUUGCUGUGUCUCAUUAUGCCAGCAGGUGGCAGUACGUUAGUCGAGUCGUCCUUGUUGCUGCUCCGUCCCACGCAGAAUCACCUCAGCAAAAGUCGGGAGAAAUCGCCAGAGUCCAAUUUCGGGUUACUUUGAAUAUGACUGUGUUUUGGAUAAAGCAAGUGUCUUGUAGUGGAAAGAGACAAAUUAUGCGGGACAUUUCUAAAGGGAAAAAAAUCCCACAAACCUUAAAGUGCACUUGAAAAGCUCACACAAGAAGGCUAACCUAGCUUACCUUGAGAAGGUAAGGGAGCACGCCCAACCCUCAUCCCCAGAAACAGAAACUAACAAUAUGCUACAGGUAAAAUACAACACCAAAUAGACUCUUAAUCAGACUAUGUUAUACAGCAUACCAUUAGCAUAUUUGUCACAGUUUACAUUAUUUUUAUGUCAGUGUGUAAUGUUAACUAAUGAUUGACACAAUGUAUGUCUCUCUCAUGAAUAGAUUUCCAAGCUAUGAUCAUUUGAUGGCAUUUUGGUUUUUGAUUGAGCCUUGCAUCUAUAAAAUGAUCCGGGUUUCAAGAGCCAAGUCAGCUGCCAAUAGGAACGAAGAAGUGUUGACACCUGCACGCACAUCAAUGAGGCAGCUGCUACAGCCAAUUGACGAGUUCUUUCUUUUCCUGGUUUUCCUGUCAGUUGGUUUGAAGGAGAGGGACCUGGCACACCGAUUUAACAUACACCAGUCCACAGUGAGCCGCAUUAUUGCAACAUGGACAAAUUUUCUUGCCACUGCACUGGGGUCUCAAUGCAUCUGGCUUACACGUGAAGAAGUGCAAGCUUACCUCCCUGAGGAAUUCAAAGAUUUCUCAGACACCCAGAUGAUCCUUGACUGUACAGAGCUGAGGUGUCAGACACCAUCCUCACCACUUCUCCAAAGUGAAAUGUACUCUUCGUACAAAUCCCACCGUAUGAUGAAAGCCCUGGUUGGCAUAGCUCCACAUGGUCCAGUGACAUUCAUCUCUAAUCUGUACGCAGGUUCGGUUAGUGACAAGGAACUAUUCAAACAAUCAGGCAUUGCUGAGAAGUUGACUGAAGACAUGGCAGUGAUGGUAGAUAAGGGCUUCCUAAUCACCGAUUGUUGUAAAUGCAAAGUGUACUGCCCACCUUUUCUAUCUAAGCAGAAGCAGAUGCCAGCAUACCAGGUUAAGGAGACGCAGGCCAUAGCCAGACUCAGGGUACAUGUGGAGCGAGUCAUUAGGAGGAUAAAACAAAACAAACUUUUUGAUAGCAUUAUUACCAUGUCACAAGUUUACAAUAUCAACCAACUGUUUGCAGUAGCAUGCUUGCUGUCAAAUUACCAGAACACAGCAUUAGUUAAAAAAUGGGUUAAGUGAGACAAGAUGGACUUUUCCCAAGACACCAGUGCCAGUACAACUUAUGGAAAAUGACCUGCAGCUGAGGCCACUACAGUUGCAUUUCUUCCUUGACAAAACUUGAUUACAGAACUGGUACUUGAGUGCUGAUAGUUGAGUUCCAGUUAUUGAUAAUUCUAAUUCAUUGCAAAUGUUGAAUGUUAAUAAUACUGUUUAAUUAUAAUACUAUAUUACUAUUCAUAUUCAACAAAAUUGUUUAUCAAAAUUAUAAAGUAAAUCACUAAAUCGUUUUAAAAUCAUAAGUGACAUUGUGCUUU